GCGCCGGGCAGCGGGAGCCGCGGCCGCGCCAUGUGGCUGCUGGGGCCGCUGUGCCUGCUGCUGAGCAGCGCCGCGGAGAGCCAGCUGCUCCCUGGGAACAACUUCACCAACGAGUGCAACAUUCCGGGCAACUUCAUGUGUGGCAACGGGCGGUGCAUCCCCGGCGCCUGGCAGUGUGAUGGGCUGCCCGACUGCUUUGACAAGAGUGAUGAGAAGGAGUGCCCCAAGGCUAAGUCCAAAUGCGGCCCGACGUUCUUCCCUUGCGCCAGUGGCAUCCACUGCAUCAUUGGCCGCUUCCAGUGCAAUGGGUUUGAGGACUGUCCUGACGGCAGCGACGAAGAGAACUGCACGGCAAACCCUCUGCUUUGUUCCACCGCCCGCUACCACUGUAAGAAUGGCCUCUGCAUUGACAAGAGCUUCAUUUGCGAUGGGCAAAAUAACUGUCAAGACAACAGCGACGAGGAGAGCUGUGAAAGCUCUCAAGAGCCGGGCAGCGGGCAGGUGUUCGUGACGUCGGAGAACCAGCUGGUGUACUACCCCAGCAUCACCUAUGCCAUCAUCGGCAGCUCCGUCAUCUUUGUGCUGGUGGUGGCGCUGCUGGCGCUCGUCUUGCAUCACCAGCGCAAGAGGAACAACCUCAUGACCCUGCCUGUGCACCGGCUGCAGCAUCCGGUGCUGCUCUCCCGCCUGGUGGUCCUGGACCACCCCCAUCAUUGCAACGUCACCUACAAUGUCAACAACGGCAUCCAGUACGUGGCCAGCCAGGCCGAGCAGAACGCUUCUGAAGUGGGCUCCCCGCCCUCCUACUCAGAGGCCCUCCUGGACCAGAGACCCGCGUGGUACGACCUUCCGCCUCCGCCCUACUCGUCGGACACCGAGUCUCUGAACGAAGCCGCCCUGCCCCCUUACCGCUCGCGCUCGGGGAGCGCCGACAGCGCGGGCUCCCAGGCGGCCAGCAGCCUGCUGAGCGCCGAAGACAGCGGCCGCAGCCCCGGACAGGCCGGCCCUCCUCCCGAGAGCGCCGCGAGGCCCAGGGACUCCGUGCCCAGCCAGGGCGCCGCAGAGGUCUAAAUCCGCCGCUUCCACGGUCCAUAUGGGUCCAUCUGCUCCGACUUGUUACCAUCCUAACAACUUUCGCUCGUGGGAAGCUCCUCAGGGUGCCUCAAGGAGGGUGUCUCUCCGUUCCCCCUCCCACCCCCCAUCCCCGCCCUAGAUUUCAGGGAUGUCCUUUCGAGGGAGACCUGGCGUUUUGCUGGCCUCUCAGGUGACCUGAUGUAUUGUGCAUCUUGUCUGGGAGGUCACUCGGCCUUCAGGGCCCAGGAUUAUGACCUCACUUGUCAUACCAUUCUUCUGUGACUGGUGGCAUCUUGCUGAAUAGGCAGCCUCAGUCUGCAGGCAGCAGGGUAAGGCAGGAGUUGGGGAGUCCUCGAGAACGCAGUGCUUCCGUGCCACGGUGGAUGUUCAGAAGGGCAGGAGACCCUGGACCACAUUCUCCAUGGGCCGCUGCCUUGCAGCUCCAUGGGAGACGAGGGUUAGAUGACCCUCCCAGGAGGCCGGCAUGGAUGGCCACCCUGGAGGAGUCCAGGUGAGCGUCAAACCCCACCUUGCACACUCGUGCACGCCGUCCUCAGUUUGGCGGAGUGGUGGCCAGAGGAGGCGUUGGCCAAGAGUUAUGCCCUUUAGCCAUCAGCAGGGCCAUUUUGGUUCUUUGAACGACUCUGAAACUUUCCCGAGAAUCCUCAUUUUGAGGGUUUUCUCUGCAGUAUCUGUCCUCAGCCUCAUCCCAGAAUAGGCAGGGAGCCCCUGCCCUACAUUCAUCUGAGUUCUCAGCUCCUAAAAUGCAGGCUAUCGAGAGCCUGGGCCUGCUUAGGCCUUCCCUGGCUUCUGGAUUGUCAUCCCUCCAGCUGUGACCUGCCCGGAGCCAAGGAAGGAGGACCCAACUUGAAUUGGCCAAAAAUCUGAUCUGGUCCUCUGUCCCUGGAAACCACUCCCAGCCUGUCUUGCCCAUUCAUGCAGCUUUCCACACUAGCUUCCCAGGUUACCUUAACUUCCAGAAGUCAUUGUACCUGUGUGUUUGGACUUGAGGACACUGUGGUUCCUGACACGCGUGAGAACCAUAUUCAGUACCUCCCACCGGAGCCCCUGGCUCCCUGUGCUGCACACACUUCCAUGCCCAAGGCCCAGAAACCAGCACCCUGAUUCAGCAUUCGUGUUAGGGUUAGUGUCAGGCUCAGGCUUCUUCUGACCUGCCAUAGUUUCUCCUCUAAAAGACUUGGACAGUAGACAAUUUGGAGUCGAGAUUUGCCAUUCGGACUUUUUUUUAAUCUCUUAGAAAUGCAUUUGAAACAGUGUGUUUGUUUUUUCCCUUCUAGUUAAGGGAUUAU